CAGUGAUGUAAUGAGCAGAGUUGGUAACCUGGCAACCACUCAAACAUUGCUGAUAGGAUGGCAAUGCGGAAGAACAUGAAGACUAAAGUCAGCAGCAACUUGGUGUUUGCUUCAGUUGCAUUUCAAGACCACAUCAUACGGACCUUGCUGCCUCCAGAUUUUUCAUAUUCUGACCCUUUCAUGGGGUGCACCAGAGCAUCAUCCCGAGUUCACCAAGCAAGAAAAAAAGCGAAGAGUCGGCAAAGACCAGAUGGGCAAGAGGAGAAAGAAUAUGUUCUUGAUCUUGCUUCACCUUCUUUAACAUUAGCUCAGAAGUUGGGUUUGGUGGCUUCCCCAGGAGAAAGAUUGACAGAGGACGAAUGGACCCAGGUCAAGAUGAGGUCUCUUCUACAGAAGGAAUCAGCUCAGCCAUGUGCUAUAUGCAGGGAGGAGUUCCUACUUCAGCCUCAGGUGUUGCUAUCUUGUUCUCACGUAUUUCACAGAGCAUGUCUGCACUCUUUCGAGAAGUUUUCUGGGAAGAAGUGCUGCCCAAUGUGCAGAAAGGAGCAGUACGAAACACGUGUGAUCUAUGAUGCAGCUCAACUUUACCGACAAAAGUGUGCUAUUAGAAUUCAAGCAUACUGGCGAGGCUAUGUUGCCCGUAAAUUGUACAGAAACAUGAAAAAAACUAAGUGCCCAAAAGACAAGAAGCUGAGACGGAAGUUCUUUGAGGAAAAGUUGCAGGAGUUGAAUGACAGCUUUGUGCGAUAUUGUCACACCGACACGGAGGCUUUUCUGAGUGAUAUCGACCGCUCACUGUCAUCAAGCAGACGAGUGUUCCAGCAGCUGGAAAGAAAGAGAGCUGCUGAACCUCAGGAGAACGAUUGGAACCGCAUAGAGAGCCAGGUUAUCCAGAGAGGAGUCUGGGACUGCCCCAUCUGCCUGACUGCAAUGUGCAACUACAGCCUUCAAGUGGAGUCUGCUAGAUCCAGCCACCAACAAGUUAGACACACCGUACUCCUGUCCUGUUCCCACCUGUUCCAUCAGCUCUGUUUAGAGGCCUUUGAGGCCUUCACUGCAGAUAGCAGACCUAGGUGUCCACUAUGUAGAUCUACUUAUCACAAAAAACUUCUCUAACAAGGAAGAGAUGGCAUUUUUCAAUAGUA